CGGGGAUAAGGAGAAAUGAGGUCUUAAAAAUAGUAUUUUCGUGCAACAUCAUAGGUGAACUGCUCCUAAGCUGUUUUGAAAUUAUUCAAUCGAAUAUACAAGUCUACUUAUAAAGAAUUUAGAUGUGUCGUUGCAAGUUUUGGUAAAAGAAGACUUAAAUAAUGGAUACAAGUGAAAUUAGAGAUGUGGAAGCGUUAACAAAUCGUUUAGAAGUCAAAGAUCGAAGUUUAACUGAUACUGUGGUUUUAGUGGGAUGUGGAGCGUUUGUAGCAAUUACUGUCACUCUAGUAAUUUUAAACGGAGCCAUCAAUAACAACUUUAUUGGAAAGGAAGAUCCAUUUGACAACAUAAUGCUGUGGAAUUUUGACUUUAUUGGACCAACAAAACUGAUUGCAUUCUUAACUUUGUUGAUUUUCAUCCUGAAUUUGGCAAUUUUGAGCUAUUUUGCGCAUUUCCCAAAGUUUAUGAUUUGGACUUUAAGCAUCGGAUGUGUCGUGGCACUUGUUGGAUUUGGAUCGAGUGUGGCGAAAAUUAAGAUUUAUUUUGGAUUUAUUGCUGUCUUUUUGGCGAUUGCUGCUGUGGUUUUGAUCAUUUCUCUACAGUAUGAAAUUCCAGUCGUUGCUGCUGUCUUUAAGGAAUCGACAAUGUUUAUUAGGGAUAUUUGGUUCAUAUGCUUGUUGCCCGUUCUAACAUUAUUUGUGGCAUCGAUUGCAACAAGGUUCUUCUACCAACUCUGCAAAAUCCUCACAAAUCCAGACUCGACAGUUUAUUUUGCUGAAAUUUCACUAAUAUUUACAAUUUAUUCUUACAUUUUUGUGAUUAUUUUCAUCUUUGAAUGUCAAAACUUUCUUGUGGUUGGAGUGACGUCAAAGGCUUAUUUUGAUGAGGACAGGUGUAGCAUGUGGCAACAAAUGAUAACAAUAUUUUGGAACUUAAACAUCAGAGAUGAAACCGUCAAGAACCUAAAGAAUAGUGGAUUGGAAUAUCAAGUUCGCAGUUCCUACAUUUAUGUGAUAAAAAAUGGAACGUCUCUUGCUGUGUCUGCUAAGACUAUUUCUACUGUCCUUGUCUCGACUAAUGCAGACAAACUUGUGCCUUUGAAAUUGUACAUCAUUUUUGUGCAUGCUGUUUGGAAAUUCUUUCUGUUCCUGUCCUUUACGUGGGCAUUUAUGUUCAUUGCUGUGGAGCAUCCAAAGCUUUUAACAAUCACAGAAACAAAAUCAUCAAUUAAAUAUGCAAUUCUGCUUUACAUCAUUGGCAUCGUGCAUGGAUGCGUCAGUUCAUAUGAAAUGGUUGUUGACACACUUAUUGUUUGCAUGACUAUUGACUAUAACGAAGAUAAAAGUGACAGAAAAAUCGGCAAAAUGAAAAAUUUAAUAAAAAUAAUAAAUUCAAAUUUUGAAAAAUAA